AUGGGCUUGCGAUCGAAGACCGGCCCCGACGGGCUGGGACCUGGGUCCAUCACGGAUCGAGAAGUGACGCGAAUCGAAUGUGUCUCCCAGGCCAUAGCGGCCGAUGUUCCCAUCGGUUCCAGAGUUGAGGAUAUCCACCACGAACACUGGUUUCUAAAUACGCUCCUCAACUGCAGAGCACGGGGCGCUCAAGUGGAGCGCCAAGGUGCCGUCAACGAUAUGAAUGGAUCGUAA